UAGGUCCAGUGUGGAUGGGAGGCCAAAAAGAUGAGGACAGUAGCCUCCACUCAGCCAUGUACAAUUCUUUGUCCGAAUGUCAUUGCAGGCUUCUGAGUAGUGUAGCUGUCCCUGCCAUAAGUAGCGGCAUUUUUGGAUUUCCCAAGGCACGAUGCGCAAAGAUUCUGUUCUCGGCCGUGUUGGAAUUUUUCCGCACCGAGCCCAAGAGCUCUGUUAAUCUCGUGCGUCUUACAAACUUUGAUAAACCAACAGUGGAGGUUUUUAUGGACGCUGCAGCUGAUUUAAACGAAGAACCCGAUAUAAGAGUGGAGCUGGGCCAAGCGCCAUGAAUUCUUUUGGCCUGAGCUCGUUAAUUUUUCUAAAUGACUCUUCGCUUUACUUCAAAGUAAACUAUGUUUACGCGUAUUACUCCUCUCGUUCAACCUUUCCCGUUAUUAUAACUCAUGCGCCCGUGCAGCUGAACUGCAUUUUAGCCAAUCGACGGCAUCAAUUCUAGGAUGCCAUUUUCGCGCCUUUUUUGCUUAGUAUUUGCGAAACCAAAGGCUACGGAUGAGCUAAAAAUGGGACAAAUCUUCUUUUUACCUCAGGUCCUACAAUUAGCUGGAUCAAAGCAAAUCUGUGCUAUGAUGAUAGUUUACCUUUGUAUGUGUUUGUGUAUAUGUAAGCACAAGGUUGUCAUGAAACGGCAUUUUGAGAGAUGCUUGCAUCACGAUUUUUUGUGAUAGUUCAAUUGAAUUUAUGUAUGCUUACGCAUUCUUCCGAACUUGAAAUUGGUUAGUUGGGGUACUUGUAUACAUGGCAUGUGUUUGUUUGUGUGAUGUAUUUUUGCAAGCGUUUUCUAAUUUUUCAAAUUGCCAUAUGUUAUUGGCAUUUUUUAAGGUUUCGUGGGCGCUCAGUAAAUACUAAUUUAUUAAAUACUUUCCCUCGGGUCUCGCCCACGAUGAGCAGGUGUUCAGGAAGACAUUUGAGUAUCAAAAAUAUAUCAAGAGAUUAAAAAAGAAAAGGAGAUAAAAUUUCACGGAACGAAGCAAAAUUAAGCUAGUAAUAUCCUUUUUCGCCGUCAAUAAUUUUAUGUCACAUUUCAUGUACUCCAUUUUGCACGUAAAAAUAAGGGCCAAACGGUUUUUUUUUUUACCAUGUAGGCGUAAGGAAAGUCUAAUUUCAGCUUUAUUGAUAUACAAAUCAUUCCAGCUUUAUGAACAUCCCUCAUGAAAAGAACUAUUAUUACAAAUCGUCA